GCUACGCAAGUACGUCGUGGAGACACGCGCAAUGAUAGCCGGAAGCAUCGAUAGGGUGAGACUAUAAUUCGAUGAAAUUCACUGUAUUUCGUAAGUGCAAAGCUUUCACUGUCUUUCUUUUUCACGAAAGUUAGCUCGAUAAAAUACAGACCUCUCGACGUGGCGGUGGAGGAAAUGCUGUGGGGAAGGCAGUUCCUUUUAUCGACUUAGUUACUCGGUGGGGUUUGAGCUGACGUGGGGAGAAGUUCGAGAUGCCAGAAAAGAGCAGACAAACAAACAGCCAGCGGAUUAAUCAACUGAGCGACUGUCCGAACGGGGGCUAAGCAGGGGACACGGGGGAAAUAUCAACGAGACCAAUUCGUCGCUAGAGUUUUGGACCCAAGAAUGUCUCAAAUAAUUUUCUAACGUUGUUGUUUAUCCCCAUGCCAAGUGCCAGCAGUGGCACAAAGAAGAAAAAUACCACGCGAGGAGAGAAUUUUUUUCCCCCAAUGUGUUCCUGUCCAGCUUGUCAAGAUAGAACACUUCUGUCAAUAUGAAACUUGACAUGAUUUGACUGUAUGCUUCACCAGUUACAAACUAAAUAGCUUGCUAUAUCCCAUUGAAAACAGUACAAGAGAGUACAAACACUGCGUGGAUAUAGGUAAUUAAUGUUUAAUUAGCUUGAAUCCAUUUGAGUUGUCAAAGGCCUAAUCGUUGCAGUCAGCCCCAGGCUUUGCUACACGAUACAGAACAUGUCCUACUUUGAAUCCGACAUGAAUUCGCUAUUUGCCAGCCUUGUCACUGCUUUCUCUGUACUCAAACUGCAUGCAAAUCUUCCUUAAUAGCCUAAUUAAACUAUUGUUUAAUAUUGCUUCUGAGGUUGUAUAGGAGCCAACCGUAUACAUGUAUGGCCUGUGUAUUUUUUUUUGUAGCCAGUAAGUCAACAAGGUCGAGUUAUUAGUUGAUUUGGUUGUCAUUAUACGUCAAACAGUAAACUUAGAAGGAGGAAAUAAAUGAAUUCUGAAAUGUCCCCUGGUGUCAGAAGUGGGAUAGCCAUGGCCCACCAUUCGACGCCCAGUUCCCAGAAGGCCCUGAUGAUGGAGCUGAAGUCCCUGCAGGAGCAGCCAGUGGAGGGCUUCCGCAUCGGCCUGGUGGAGGAGUCGGACCUUUACAACUGGGAGGUGGCCAUCUUUGGCCCCCCCAACACACUGUACGAGGGAGGCUAUUUUAAGUCUCACAUCAAGUUCCCCAUCGACUACCCCUACUCCCCUCCGACCUUCCGUUUUCUCACCAAGAUGUGGCAUCCUAACAUCUACGAGAACGGCGACGUGUGCAUCUCCAUCCUCCACCCUCCCGUUGAUGACCCCCAGAGCGGGGAGCUACCCUCAGAGAGGUGGAACCCCACCCAGAACAUCAGGACCAUCUUGUUGAGUGUGAUCUCUCUGCUGAACGAGCCCAACACAUUUUCACCGGCCAACGUGGAUGCCUCCGUUAUGUUCCGCAAGUGGAGGGACAGCAAGGGCAAGGACAAAGAAUACGCUGAAAUUAUCAGGAAGCAGGUGGUGUCCACGGUGGCAGAGGCGGAGCGCGACGGUGUCAAGGUUCCCACUACGCUGGCUGAGUACUGCGUUCAGACUCGGGUUCCCUCCCAAGACAGCAGCUCAGACCUGCUCUACGAUGACCUCUAUGACGAUGAUAUGGAGGAGGAGGAAGAGGAAGAUGAAGACGAGGAGAGCGACAUGGAGUCAGGAGGAGAGGCAGAGGGGACCAGUGGAGGAGAAGGAGGGGUCACUACUGGCUGCUAUGACGACGACCAGGAGGAUUCUGGAAACGAGGACUCUUGAUGAUGAUGAUGAACGCCCCAAAUUGACGCCCCACUCCCUGCCACAUCCGAUCCUAGCUCCCUCCUGAUCCUGUUAAGCCUGGAUCAUCACCUAAAACAAAUACUUGUACAUCUGGUACAUUGAUAGUAAAUUAAUAACUGGACAAAUUAGUGGAUUCCAAAUAAAGGCGUGGUCGACCGCAAAAUAAAACAAAAAUAUCUCCAAAUAUAA